CAAUAGAAAAAUGGUUACGGGCACAUCCGGACACGAUCGACAGGCAUCUUGACCAGGCGAUUCCCAGGGGGUGAGUCUAUCCAGAGGACAACCACGACAUCGACUCGCCCCCCGCAAAGUGGUAGCUAUGUUAUCGACCCUCGCCGGGGGAUGAUGGGUAGAUGAUUAUUUUUGUGUUGCAGUUGUUGUUGUUGUUGUGCGCGCGGUUCCGAAUCGACAGCUUGUUGCAAGACGAGGCGACAAAGUCGGGGAGGGAGGAGCUGCGUCAAACGCAUGGGUCUGUCUGUCGCCUGGAAACGCGCGCACGUGCGUGCGUGCGUGCGGGGCCGUGACCGCCUUUAUAAGGACGGAACGGAGUUCGCUUCUCCGCGGCUCUUUGCUACUGCACACCAGAGCGAACACACAGAGCCAGCACCCCCCCCCACCUCGUCCCCCCACCACCUACACAGACAGCCCCCAGCACCCAGCACCCCCAUCCCCAUCGAGAGCCACCGCGGCCACACCGCAGACAUGGGGGAGCCCAGGUCAAUCCCAGAUGCCGCACUGCCCCUUGACUUGCAACACCGGGACCCGAAGGACAUGAACAGCCACGUGCGGGUGCUCUUCGAGGACGUGUUCGCCGAGCCGGAGGGUUCGCACAGCAUCCCCGGCGUGUGGAGGUGCGCCUUCAGGACCUACAACGGCACCAAGUGGUUCUGCUACCUGCUGCUCUCCGUGCUGUGCGCCGUGCCGCUCUCGUGCUGCUGGGGCUGCGACUUCGCGUGCGCGCAGUUCUACCACGUGUGGAACGUGACGCCGUGCCUGCGCAUGUGUCGCAUGAACAUGCUGUGCCUGCAGAUGUUCUGGUCGACGAUCGUGCGGUGCGUGUGCGAGCCCCUGUGCGAGACGUGCGCGCUGUGCUUCUCGCACAUCAGGAUCAAGGGGAAAGCUUGAGCGGAAAACGUUGGCGAGUCAACAAUAAAAUAGCACACGCGUCCGCACACACACACACACACGUACGCAUACACACAGACACACACGUACGCACACACACACACGUACGCAUACACACACGUGUACAC